UAUUUAUAUUCAGUAUAUUCAUUCCAGGUUUCUGGUGCUACUUUGAUUGGAGUUGGCGUACUACUGAAAAUGAAGAAUAAUGACAUACAAAACUUCAUUCCAGACAAGUAUCAUCUAGGAUUACCGCCGAUAUUGAUGAUUGCCAUAGGGUCUGUGAUAUUUUUCACAGCUUUCUUCGGAUGUUGUGGAGCAAUGAAAGAUAAUACAUGCAUGCUGACGACGUUUGCCAUCAUUCUACUCACUCUCUUGAUCGUUCAAGUUGCAAUAGGAGCUUAUGCAUUCCUCAUCAUUGGGGAAACACAAGAUUUGAGGUUAUCAGUGAGACAAGUAGUAGAAAAAUCCUACAACCAAUACAACGAAACACAAAUCGCCAAGGAGGAGUUCGACUUCCUGCAAGCGUUCCUCAAAUGUUGUGGUGUCGAUGGACCAAGAGAUUGGAAAUGGCAGAAUGAAAGUGUUCCGAUUUCCUGCUGUGCUAGCCAGACCAACAAUUGUGGAAUAAAGUCUACUGACUGCUUCAGGAAAGGAUGUGCAGAGAGUUCAUAUGUAUGGUUCAAAAAUGGUCUGGAUCUUCUGGGAAUACUAGCAGUCGCUGUCGCCUCUAUCGAGAUUGUUGGUGCCAUAUUCGCUUUGUGCCUUUCCAGCUCUAUUAAGAACCAACUCCGUCGAGAGGCCUAUGCGUGA